AUGAAUAACGACAUCAGUCUUUCCAGAGCCCUUGGUGGCUUGCGAAUCGCGAACCCAGACGAUGCUACCCCUAACCCUCAAGAGCACGCGACCGAACCCAGCGAAUCCCUCCCACAUCCCCUCAGCAAGACCGCCACUGUUGCUUCUACGUCUGCGUACGACCCCAACUCCCGACUUAGCAGAAGUCAUACUGCCGAGUCCAACAUGUCUGUUCCCGGGGCACAGGGUGAUCCGCAGGGCCAACUCUCUGUGUACUCUCACAGCGGAGCCCUCCCGUACUCAAACUCCUCCCGGCCUGGGUCUGCCAUCCUUACCACAGCGGAACGCGACCUGGCCGCCAAUUCGUAUAAUAUGCUGAGAACCGAGCCCUCAAGGACGUCAGUCUAUAACGGCCCAACCAGAACCGAAUCAAGGUCAAACCCAGCGUAUACUCCCAACCCCGCCACUGCCCCGUCGAGAGAGCUGAGCCACAGGGAUAGAUCAUACAAUCAGGGUCGGCAGGGGCCCAUGCCGCCUGGGGGAGGGCAACUUCCUCCCAGAAGGAGCUCCAAGGGCAUGGGGGGCGGUUAUGCCUCAAUUCCCGGCGUGCCGAUUGCCCCUGAACCCCGGGGUCUUGGGCCUGAUCUACCCGUGUCCAACAGCAGCGAGGAAUGGAAAGACAAGGGCGCCGCUGUCAGUAUGCGAAAAGAGGUGGAUGCGAAUGGGAAGACGGUCAUGAAGCCUGUUAAGAAGGGAGUACGCGAUUUCUCGUUUGGCCGGGUACUAGGCGAGGGAUCAUACAGCACAGUCUACCUCGCCACAGACCGGCAAACGCUAAAGGAAUACGCCAUCAAAGUUCUCGAGAAGAAGCACAUUAUUAAGGAGAGGAAGAUCAAGUAUGUCAACAUUGAGAAGGACACCUUGAACCGCCUCACCGAACACCCCGGCAUCGUCCGACUCUACUACACAUUUCAAGAUGAGAGCUCAUUGUAUUAUGUACUAGAUUUGUGCAACGGAGGCGAGUUGCUAGGAGUACUGAAAAAGACGGGCACGUUCGACGUAGAGUGCACGAGAUUCUUUGGGGCGCAGAUAUUGGACUCCAUCGAGUACAUGCACUCCCGCGGCGUCAUCCAUCGCGAUCUCAAGCCGGAGAACGUACUUCUGGAUGACCAACUGCAUGUCAAGAUAACCGAUUUCGGAACAGCGCGCUUAUUAACAGACCCAAGGGCGUCUAUUUCUGCACCGAGUGUCGACCCCCUUGGAAAAGGGAAAGAUGAGGACGACAACCGGGCAGCAUCAUUCGUCGGUACAGCGGAAUAUGUUAGUCCCGAGCUUCUUACGAACAAGAAUGCCUGCAAGGCAAGUGAUUUAUGGGCAUUCGGUUGCAUCAUCUACCAACUAUUGGCUGGCAGACCACCCUUCAAAGCCGGGUCUGAGUACUUGACAUUCCAGAAGAUUGUCAAUCUCGAAUAUGAGUUCCCCGCUGGCUUUCCCCCAGCAGCUCGGGAUCUUGUUGAGCGAUGCUUGGUUCUUGACCCGGCGCGGAGGCUUACCAUCGAACAUAUCAAGAACCACGAGUUCUUUGAGGGGCAGCCCUUUGGAAAGACGCUAUGGAGAUCAAAAGCGCCCCGCCUGCGUCCGUACGUGCCGCCAUCGCAAGAACCCAAGAUCAUUCAGCUCAAUGGGAUGUCGAACUCAUCACAACAAACUGCUUCCGCGUUGAGGCUUCCGCAACCGAGCAAUACCGCGAAUGGUUCCUCUAGGACGCCCGGACGGAUCAUCACAGAGCUCCCACCCCCGUCACAACUCGACAUAGAAUGGUCGCCAGUCUUGACAAGGAACAACGAGAGAAUAUUGAGACUUGGUGACCUUUUGGUUCUGUCGGCACCCAUACCCAACAGUCCUCACGGUAAGAACGGAGAACACGGAGAGGGCCACAGGAAGCUGGCUCGCUUUUUCGGUGGCAGCACAACCAAGAAGCGGCAACGGCUUGUUAUGGUUACUUCCAGCGGGAGGAUUGUGCUGGCGCCAGCGGGCGGCGAGGAAAAGAAGGCCAAACAAGAGAUAUCUCUUCUGGCUCCCGAUAGUGCUUGGAGAACCCAGAUCGAUGCCAAGGGGCAGACAGUAUGGUGUGUUGAUUCGCACGGCGUGCACUACACAUUUGAAGAACCCAAGGCAGCCAACUCAUUCGAUUCUUCGCGGCCCACGGCAGAUGACUGGCUGGAAUGCCUAGAGCAAGCCAAGGAUAUGGCGAUUUCACAAAACCUCGCAGGAUCCUACAGCAACGACAAUGGGUUUGGUGACAUGUCAUCAUCCAUGUCUAGUCCCGCAAGUACCUUCGGCGGUAAUGGAGGUUACUCGGAAGGUUUCGGCAUCAACGAUAGGUCGCAUAGGAACCACCUGUCUAAGAGCCAAUUAAGCCUGGAGGACACUUCAUCAACGAAACGAAAUCGGUUCAGCAAACGGCAGUCCAAGCAAGGACUGGGCUCGGCUUUUUAA